UCCGGUGGCAAAGCCUCUCCGAGCGGGGCGGCGGGCGCUGGAGGCCCCCUAAGUGCCGUGGGUCCCCGCGCGUCCCGCGCCGCAGCACCCACCCCACCUGGGAACGGUCACAAGUGCCAACGCCUGGGCCCCGGGCGGCCGGCUCCAUGGGAAGCCGGCGGGGCCGGCAGCACGUGCGUUUUCACUGGCCGUCCAGGUGCCCCGGAGACGCAGGGGCGCGGAGAAGGGCCUCCCUUUAGGGCUGAUGAGACACCAUCCGUGCCCUCCGCAGGCCUCAUAACAGCUGCGGGGGGCGGCCGGCGAGGCGGGAUUCGGCCGGCGUGAGAGCCCAGAGGGAGCGCUCCGAGGACGGGCCCGGGGCGCCGCGCGCCGCCCAGCAGCCACACCAGCACCCCGGACAAGGCCCGGAGCGCACGACGCGCACUUCCCCUGCGUGCGGGGCGGGCGGCGGGCGGCUGGGUCCUAGCCGCUCUCCGGGCUGCCCGGGGCGGGCCUCCCCGCAGCGCACCGCCGGCUCCCCCGGCGCCAUGAACCGCAGCCGCACCAGCACCCCGGACAAGGCCGGGACAGCCCUGCUUUGGGGCGGUGAGUUAAACCAGGAGAAGCGGACCUGGACCUUCAAACCGCAGAAGGAGGGGAAGGACUGUAAGGUGUUGCUCAAUACGAUUUGCCUGGGGGAGAAAGUCAAAGGGGAGAUGAACCUCGUGGAGAUCCUGCCCCCAGCAAGCCAGGAGGAGAAGAGGACCAAGCCCAUCCCCAUCGCCUCGCUGCAGGCCUCCGUCCUGCCCACGGUCACGAUGGGCCUGGAGCUCUCUCCUCCAGUCACUUUCCAGCUCCGGGCUGGCUCGGGACCCGUGUUCCUCAGUGGCCAGGAAUUCUACGACAUUCCUGACCUCUCCUGGGAGGAGGAGGAGGAGGAGGAGGAUCAGCAGUCGGAGGAAGAUGACGAUGAUGACGAUGACGACGAUGAAGACAUUUCCCUAGAGGACUCCCCCGUCAAACAAGGCAAGAGGCUGGCGUCCCAGAAGCAGGCCAGCGUGGCCAAGAAAAAGAGAGUGGAAAAAGAAGAGGAGGCGGUCAGAUCCAGUCUUAAAGGCAAGAGCCCUGUGAACAAGGCCAGAUACACACCCAAGGGGAAAAAGCCGGUGCUCAAGAAAUGAGAAGCCAGGAGUGCAUGCCACCGUGACUGGGGGAGGGCCUGCCAGGCCACCGUGCACAGUGGGCCUCCCUGGGGUGCACCGUGGGCCCAGGGAAUAUCCCUCCCGGCCCUCAACCUGAGUCUGAAUGUGAUGGAGCUGUUGGGGGGCAACACAAGACCCCCUCACCCCAACUCUCCGGAUUCAGCAGGACCUGGAGGGAAGAGCCCCAACCUCAGGGACACAAUAAAGUUUGCUUUGCCAAGA